AUUUGUAAAGUCGAUGUGUCCACUCAAAUUCCCUUUAAGGUGGAGUUUAAUCUUUCAUCGUCAGGAUGGGGGCGACAAAGGAACGAUUUGACAGCUCGUCAGGCAGCAGAGGGAGAACUUCCUGCAUAUAACGUUAGUUUAUAGCUGGUGGUUUUGUUAUUUGCGUUGUUGGUCUUGCUAUUCCGUCGACUUCAAUCCCGUCAUGACAUCCACAUUAGACGAAAGCAGCAAGGAAAAGAUGCGUGCUGUGUCUGUGGAUCUAAACAAUGACGCCUCUCUUCUCAUUGACAUUCCUGAUGCACUCUGUGAAAGGGACAAAGUCAAGUUUACUGUCCAUACAAAGACCACACUUAGCUCUUUCCAGAAGCCAGAGUUCUCCGUUCCCAGGCAGCAUGAAGACUUCAACUGGCUACAUGACACUCUGGUUGAGACAGAGGAAUAUGCUGGGCUCAUCAUUCCUCCAGCGCCCCCAAAGCCUGACUUUGAGAGCCCAAGAGAGAAGAUGCACAAACUGGGGGAAGGUGAAGCCACCAUGACCAAGGACGAGUACACUAAAAUGAAGCAGGAGCUGGAGGCUGAAUACCUGGCUGUUUUCAAGAAAACUGUUCAAGUGCAUGAAGUCUUCCUGCAGAGAUUGUCCUCUCACCCCGUUUUAAGCAAAGACAGAAACUUCCAGAUUUUCUUAGAGUAUGACCAGGAUCUGACUGUGAGAAGAAAGAAUGCCAAGGAAAUGUUUGGAGGAUUCUUUAAAAACAUGGUGAAGUCGGCCGACGAGGUCCUUAUCUCAGGAGUAAAGGAAGUCGAUGACUUUUUUGAGCAGGAAAAGACGUUCCUUCUCGACUACUACAGCAAGAUAAAAGAUUCCACUGCCAAAGCAGAGAAAAUGACUCGCUCACACAAAAAUAUUGCGGAUGAUUACAUUCACGUCUCUGCCACUCUGAACAGUCUCUCUGCUGAUGAUAGCACAGCAAAUAAGAAACACCUGGAGAAGUUGUCAGACCUGUUUGAGAAGCUCCGAAAAGUAGAGGGAAGAGUAGCAUCUGACCAGGAGCUGAAACUCACAGAGCUGCUAAGAUAUUACAUGAGAGACAUCCAGGCCGCCAAGGACCUUCUGUACAGGCGAGCUCGGGCAUUAGCUGACUAUGAGAACUCUAACAAGGCUUUGGAUAAGGCUCGACUGAAGAGCAAGGACAUCGCCCAGGCAGAGGAGUACCAGCAGCAGUGCCUGCAGAAAUUUGACAAGCUCUCAGAGUCUGGGAAGAAAGAACUCACCAGUUUCAAGGGCAGGCGUGUUGUUGCCUUCAGGAAGAACCUCAUAGAGAUGGCUGAACUCGAGAUAAAACACGCCAAGAACAAUGUGAGUCUAUUGCAGGGAUGCAUUGACCUGCUCAAAAGCAACUGAUAUGUUUUCAAGUGUUCCUGUCCUACCAUCACCAAGUGACCAGUCAUAGCAAAUGGAAACCUGGCAUCCUCGGGGCCUUGCAUGGACAUGACUCCAAGCCCCAUCUCUGCUCCUACCCAUGGGUCUGAUGCCACUUAAAAACCCUGCUGGAGACUAAGUGUCUUGUUCGCAGAAUGUCUUCAUGUUUACAGAGUCCCUGUCCUCUGCUCCAUGAUCCAUCCUUUUCCAAUAUCUUUGGAAGUCUAACUCAUUGUGAGUGCCUCCAGAUAAUGAGGCUGCCAACAUUUAAGGUCUUCGUUUCCUUUGCAGCACCAGUAGAGGUGAUUUUCUCC